AUUUUAUACUUUUGAUUGCUAGUCGUUUCGAAGAUUCGCGCGCUCGCUGGUUCGGAUAUGAUUAACGCCAGAGCCAUAAAUAUGUACUCGACUGCGCGUGCUUUGAGGUAAGACUGGAACUGAACCUAUCAGAUCCCUUCAAAAUUUAGCUUUGGCAGGACCAUCGAAUUUCCUCUCUGGUUUCACGAGGAAUUUUGUGUUUUUGUAAAAGAAGUUCCUCUUUCACUUUGAUCUAACCUUCUUUUUUAACUCAUAAUUGUAAAAUAUUCGUAUAAAUAUUAUUCGCGGUAGCAACCGGCGGCUGGCGGGCAGUGGUGAUUGGUGGUGAUGAAUUGAAACAUUAUAGCUUUGGUUAGCAGUCCUCAAAGGUUACACGCUUCAUAUUUUAGUCUUUCGUCUAAUCACGCCUAGCCAGCGGACAUAUUACAAUUACGUUUACGAGCACGUGAAUAUUUUUAACCCACUAUGGAAGAGAAGAAACCAGGGUUUGGCAGGGGAAACCUCCUGAAAUUUCUGCAGGAGAAAAAGGAAUCUGAAAGUCAAUUAGUUGCACAGUCUUCAUUGGCUAGGGAACAGAGUACAGCACAAUCUAAUGUCCCUUCACCAGUAGAAGUUCCAACGACUUCUGUAAAAUCACUUGGGAGAGGUAGCAUAUUGAAAACAUUACAAUCCCUCCAAACUGGAACAACAGGACCAACAGGACCAACGCCAAUCCCAGUACUAAAACCGGUACAACCAGUACCAUUAGCAAAACCUGCAACAGCACAACCACACAUAUCAGCAGCACCCACAGUUUCUUCACCACCUGUAAGAGCACAAGGCCGAGGAUCUUUACUAAGCGCAUUACAAUCUGUAAGUGCACAACCUGCCAGUACUCCAGAGCCAGCUGCACAACCUUCGAACGUCCAUGGGUCAUCAUACGAUCCUUCAGGAGUGCUAGGUCCAUUAUCAGAUAUCACGUUACACGAAACAACUAAGACUAUUUCUAAACAAGGUUCGGGUGGAAAAGAUAUAUCCCUAAGUGCGAACUAUAUAAACGUAAAGGUGGACCCGGAGAAGGGUCUCUACAGUUACGAAGUCAAAUACAAUCCUGAGAUCGAUUCUACUGCGUUCCGCGCCAAACUGAUAAAUCAGCAUUUACAGAAGAUAGGAACGACCAAGUGUUUCGAUGGGACAAUGCUGUAUCUACCACAUCGAUUACCACAGAACAAUACAAUUCUAGAGUCUGUGCACCCACUGGAUAAUUCUACCAUUAAGUUAACGUUGAUUUACAAAAAGAAGCAAAACUUGACUGAAAAUAUACCAUUUUUUAACAUUCUGCUCGGCCGAGUCAUGCGGGCCCUUAAUUUGGUUCGCAUCGGUCAACACAAUUUCAACCCGAAAGGUAUUCACGCGAUCCCACAACAUAAAUUGGAAGUGUGGCCUGGGUACGUGACGACUAUUAACGAGUUUGAUGGAGGAUUAAAAUUAUGCAUAGACGCUCGGCAUCGAGUGAUGCGGACAGAGACAGUCCGUGAAAUCAUGAUGAAAUUCAGUCAGAGAGGAAAUUUUAAAGAGAUGAUCGUAAAGGAGCUGAUUGGCUUGUCAGUAUUUACGAGAUACAAUAACAGAACAUAUCGCGUGGACGACAUUGACUGGAACAAGAAUCCAAUGCAUGUAUUCGAUAAAGGAAACGAGAAAAUCACGUUAGUGGACUACUAUAAGUACCACUGGAGCCUGGAUAUACAGGAUAAGAAGCAACCGUUGCUAGUUCAUUGCGCUAAGACAAAAACGAGCACCGGCGAGACACAAGAACAAUUGAUACUGCUGGUUCCGGAAUUAUGCUAUAUCGCUAGUCUCAGUGACAGCAUUCGUGCAGACUACAAAAUAAUGAAAGAUAUCGACUCAGUGACUAAAAUGUCACCCGAGGCUCGGCGAAAUUGCUUUAGGCAUUUCGUACAGCAAGUUAACAGCAACGAUAUAGCGCGGGAUAUAUUGGGCGCUUGGGGCUUGAGCCUGGAACCCGAUGUAGUUGAUUUCAACGCUCGGGUGUAUGAAAAUGUAGAAAUUUUAUUUGGCAAUAAAGUGAAGUUCACGCCUCCGGAGCACAAGCCUGCGGAGUGGAGUGCAGCGGCGUGUAGAAAUCCUCCAUCGAGAACUCCGGAGUUGAAGCGUUGGUAUAUAAUAUACUGCCAGAAGGAUGCUAAAGUUACGGAAGAGUUUAUUACCAUUUUUGAAAGAGUAACAAAGGCUAUAGGUAUGAACAUAUCGCGACCCCAGAUUAUUAGCUUAAGGGACGACAGGACAGAAUCAUUUGUGCAUGCUUUGCGAAGUAGCAUAGAGAAGACGGUUGAUUUAGUGGUGAUUGUAUUUCCCAGUAACAGAACUGACAGAUACUCCGCAGUGAAAAAGGUGUGCUGUGUAGAGAAGCCGAUAGCUUCUCAAGUGAUUAUAUCGAGAACUAUAUCGCGCGCCGAUAAGUUAAAAAGUAUUGCAGAAAAGAUUGCUUUGCAAAUUAUCUGUAAAUUGGGCGGAGCCCUUUGGGCAGUUCAUAUACCGAUGCAUAAUUGCAUGAUAUGCGGGAUAGACGUGUACCAUUCUGGUACCGGCCAAUUUAACAAAGGAAGUGUCGCUGGUUUCGUGGCCAGUAUGGAUAAAAUGUUAACGACUUGGCAUAGUAAGGUUUACAUGCAGGGCAAACACCAGGAAGUGGUAGACAUGCUGCAGCUCUGUUUGGCUUCGUCAGUGCGCGCGUAUCAAAAACAUAAUAAUUGUUUUCCAAAUCGGGUCAUAGUUUAUCGUGACGGGGUUGGCGAAGGACAGUUGGACACUGUCGCUAAAUACGAAGUAAAGCAAAUGCAAGCUGCUCUGAAUAACCUAAUAAAAGAUUUUCAAGUGGAGUUAGUUGUAAUAGUAGUCCACAAGCGAAUCAACACCCGAGUGUUCCAGCGUAUCGGUUCGAAACUAUGCAAUCCUCCGCCAGGAACCGUUGUAGACACAUACAUAACGAGAUCGCACCUGUACGAUUUCUUUUUAGUCUCACAGAACAUACGCCAGGGUACGGUAUCGCCUACACAUUAUAUCGUUGUUCACGAUAGUAAAGGCAUGCUCCCUGAGCAUAUUCAGCGACUCACCUAUAAGCUUUGCCACUUGUACUACAACUGGCCGGGUACAAUAAAAGUGCCAGCUCCCUGCCAGUACGCGCAUAAGCUCGUCUCGCUUGUCGGGCAAAAUAUACAAUUAGAGCCGGAUCAGUCACUCAACGAUACGUUGUUUUACUUAUAACGCUAUUUUUACCUGCCACUGAUUCAUCUUCCAAGAAAGUUGUGAACCUAAUUGAAGUCGUCUGAAUACCAGUAUCUAACAAACCAAAGAUAGACUGAAUAUUGUCUAUACAUUGUAACCAUGUAUAAUUGACCAGAUGCAUCAGACCAGAAUUUUAAAGGUAUCACUAGAAUCAUUUUGUUUUUGUUCCUUAUUAAUAGAAUAUAUUUUUUUUUACAUAAUGAAAUAUCAGUAUUAAGUUGAUGAUUACUAUGAUACCUGUAAAGGCUGUGGAUUUUAUGCAUUUAUAAAGCUAUAGUACAUGUAUAAACACACCGAUAGCAAAGAGGAGUUCCUAUUUAGAUUUUAUUUCCUGCGAUUGGAUGUUACUACUUUAUUUUGCACUAAACUCUGCAUUAUAUGUAAUAUUUUUAUAAUUAUACAGGUAUGAAUAUCAUCUUGUAAAUGUGAUCUCAGUUAUAUACUAGCCAUGUACAAGACCAGAAAAUUAAAUAUAAUAAGAUUUUUGUAAGUUUUACGUUUAAAGACAAACGUACAAAUAAAUGCUUAUGCUAUUUUUAUUACGAAAUCAA